CCGUCUAUUAUCUCUUUCAUAGCGUAUAAAUUUCAUGCGACAUAAGAAUUAUACGCUCUUUCCGAAAAUGCAUCCAUUCAACUACGGUUCACCUGUAACAUAUAGAACCAUGCUCACCAUGCCGUCAGUCGGUGGUAAAAGACGAUUGAAUGAAGGUGUGAGUGAUGAACAGAAAAAUGAUCAACGUGUAUGCAAUCAUGAGAAUUAUAAUUAUUAUGCAAAGUGUGGACAGAUUACAUCAACCCGCUAUAAUUACUACAGUGAAUCAGUCAUCAAAACUCAUGGUAAUUAUACACGGAACUCUAUUGAAGCAUCAGCGGGAUUAUCCUGCCUUAAUGAAGAUGAACAGAUUACCCGUACAGGUGAUAAUGAUGAAAGUGGCGCAGAUGAAUUUGCCCGAAUGGACGAAAAUCAAGUAUUUGAAGAAGAUUUCCACUACAAGACGUGUGCUUAUUUCAGUUGCCUUCAACAACACAUAGUUCCAAUUGAUCUGGCCAAUGAGAACACCAGGCUUGUUGAUGAUCACAUUACAAUGGUGUUGGAUACGUUUUGUAUUUACCAAGAAAGGAAUGAUGAUUCGGAGAAGAGUCAAAAUGACUCUGCCUACCAAACUUCAGACAGUAAACAUAUGAAUAGUAAUGAUGUCAGUGAUGUGAAGGGACGCUGGGAUGAAGAUGAUUCUACACGAGAUUCUCAAGAUACUUUUGAGACUACAUUAGAAUUCUCCUCAUUCAAUCGUACGAAAUGGAGUCUACUCGUCAACUGUCAUUGUAAACAUAGUAUUGAUGAUCCUGAAAAGUUGAGCAGUUUUACUGAAGUAACAAGCGAUGUUAAUUUCUCUAAAUGGAGUGACGGUGAAUCAUCGAAUGUUAUCAGCUGUAAUGAGAGUGAUGGAAUGCUACAGUCGGAUUCAAUAGGAAACUUCACGUCGAUUAAAUCAGAUGAAAUUCAACCAGAAGAUUUCAUAAAACCUGUGGAGCUCAAGGAAAGAUAUGAAGAGUUGAUUGAAUGCAUAGACUGUCAUCAGCCGGCUAUACAUCAGAUAGACGGGGAGUUGAAUACAAUCAGUCAGAAUUUAGCCUUGAUUGCUAGCAAAUUGAAUGAUCCUGACUGUGAUGCUCAUCUAACUGGCACGAGUUUAUCAACUACUGGUGCACUCUUUAAACAGAUACUUGGAUUAGAAGAGAUCGAGUUAGAAAUUAGACAAACUGACGAAAAUCUGUGUGAAAUAAAGUUUAAUCCGCUGUUCACUACAGACUCCUGUCAGACAGAAGGAAUUCAGAAGAGACUGGAGUCCACUGAAGUUUCUCCUAUGGAAGUGUUGAUAGCGGUGAUUCCAACUAAUCCUAACGCCAUCUAAAAAGAAGUUUUUAAAUCGAGGGCGUACAGACCCUACAAUCUUCUCAAAUGACAACACUGAAGAGUGAAUUUUAUUCCGACAUAUUUAAAUAAAACACAAACUAGGUAAUUCUGAAAAUGGAACGGGGGAAUUGCAGCAUGUUUACCACUAAUACCAUUUUUGAGCCGCAUCUGAUAACGCUACUGGACACGUAAUCCGUAUAAUGCAUACACUCUUCAAGCUGUCAUCAUUGGUCGGUUGUUACCACGUGUCGAGAAAUCCAGUCGUCCAAAAGUAUGGCUUAAACAAGCACAGGUUAGUUACUAUUAAAAUACCAACAGUCUUAUUAUUAUAUGCGUCUAACUUCAUAGGUAUAAUUAGCAUAAGCUGAGUCAUAAAAAUAAAUCAUUGUUUAUUUCUAGACUCCUAUUAUUCGCUAGCAGAAAUAUACUAGUUUGUAGUUCUUCUAUAUACACAGGUCGUACAAAGCUGAUUUCAUUGUAUAGUAGUUUCACUGGAGUUAAACAGCUAUACAACAGUAAGUGAAGCACUUUUAGUCAUCGUCUCACAUUUCCAAGCUACACAACGUUUACUAAGCGUUGGAAAGGUUGCUGGCAUAACUCACUGUAUAUAGGUUCGUAUUUACAGAUGUUGACUUCUUUUUCGUCUUUAUUUAAAUAACUUAAGCCUUUGCAAAAACUGGCACGCAAUCCUGCUCCUGUCCACUCAGAACAGGAUAAUAAGUUGUGUCAUCUUGGAGGGACUAAAAGGUGCUCUGGAUGCAAAACUUAUUUGCCUGUCUGUCUGUAUUCGACAUAGAACUUUGCACAAAUGUGCGGAAGUUCAAGUCGCCACACUCCGUGUAGCACGCGAAGCAAGAGAAGAAAGUACAAGAAAAGCAUAAUAGAAACAGUGAGCAGAGGUGUGAGACAAAGGAGUAAUAAAGAAAUACAAAACAGUUUCAUUGAAGAUCAUAAGUCACAGGGAGUGGAUGCAUCUGCGCCACUGAGAACGGUUUUGAGCCAUGUCACCAAUUGUUUCCAACCAUAGAUUUUUACCGUCCCGAG